CAAUGUCCCCGAGAGUAACCUGUUUCCUUAGCCUGGGAAGUGAAUGCUUACGAGACCUUAAAGGCUUCAAACAUGGAAAUGAGUGGACGAUGUCAAGAUAUCAUCAACGAGUGCUUAGGCCCAAGCAUUCAGAGAGGGAAUAUUCUUCCUCACUAUCGGGAUUGAGGAGAGAUGUUCAGGGGUACAUCAAGGAUGUGUUUUCAAAGCGACGGGAAGCUGCAACCCACGUGAUGGUCUUCAUGAUCGCAGAUGAGCGCAGGGACCUGAAGCCUUACGCCAUCCCUGUUCGGGCCCUACCAUUCAAGAGCAUCAAAGAUGCUAAACUUAGAGAACUCCGUGAUGAGUUAAAGGCUACAAUGGGAAACCUUGGAAUGGUUGUUGUUGAUACGUAGUUUAACACAGUUUAUGACCUUUGCCUACUAUGGUACUAGUAAAUUAAGAAUAGAG